CGUCCGACAGGUUUACUUCUGAAAUUCCCAUCAACCACACUUUUAUUCCCAAACUGCCCCCGACCCCUCUCUGAAUUUACCAUUUCUCCCACCCUCCAUGGAACGCUCUCAGGCGCGAACCGUCACAACCAGAAGAGGGUUGAAGCGGAAGCUCGAAGAAGACUUCAGAGAUGAGAGGAUCGAGGGCGAACCGGACCGGAAAGUCCCGGCCGUCGUCGAACCGCAAGACGAUCGCCCAGAUCUCGUCGGCCAGGUUCGCGAGCAGGUCCGGAUUCUGGAGUCCAUAUUCUCGUCCGCGCAGCCCGACCGCCUCCUCGCGAAGCAGGCCGCCCAUGGCCUCGCUCUCACCGCCAAAGAAGAGGAGCUUGUGGACAUCGUGGUGGACUGUGGAGCAGUUCCGGCGCUUGUUAAGCAUCUGCAGGCGCCUCCGCCGGUGACAGACGGCCGAAGAAGCCCGAUCCCGUACGAGCACGAGGUCGAGAAAUACUGUGCUCAUGCCCUGGGGUUUAUUGCCAUUAAGCCGGAGUAUCAACAACUUGUGGUUGAUGCUGGAGCUUUACCGCAUCUUGUUGAUCUUCUAAAAAGGCACAAGUGGGGAAGUGACUCACCGGCACCUGAUGCUGUGAUCAGGAGAGCUUGUGAUACAAUUGCUCACCUUGCCCAUGAAAAUGGCAACAUUAAGAACCUUGUCAGGAUUGAAGGUGGAAUUCCUCCUCUUGUUCAACUGCUUAACUUUUUCGACACAAAGGUACAGAUAGCGGCUGCAGGGGCCCUUCGGACUCUGGCAUUUAAAAAUGAUGAAAACAAGAAUGAGAUUGUAGUAGAGUGCAAUGCUUUGCCUACCCUGGUACUAAUGCUUCGAUCUGAGGAUCCUGUGAUGUCUUUUGAAGCGGUUGGUGUAAUAGGCAAUCUUGUUCACUCAUCCCCACACAUCAAGAAAUUAGUACUUCUUGCUGGUGCUUUACAACCUAUUAUUGGAUUGCUCAGUUCCGAAUGUACAGAGAGCCAAAGAGAAGCUGCUUUAUUACUUGGUCAGUUUGCUGCAGCUGAUACAGAUUGCAAGGCACAUAUUGUUCAGAGGGGAGCUUUAAAACCAUUAAUUGAGAUGCUUAAGUCACCUGAUGCACAGGUUCAGGAGAUGUCAGCCUUUACGCUUGGGAGGUUGGCACAGGACAUACAUAACCAAGCUGGCAUUGCUCACAAUGGUGGUAUAAUGCCUCUAAUCAAGCUUCUUGAUUCAAAAAACAUCUCUCUGCAACAUAAUGCUGCGUUUUGUCUAUAUGGUCUUGCAGAUAAUGAGGAUAACACUGCAACUAUAAUAAAGUUUGGAGGUGUUCAGAACUUCCAAGAUGGAGUAUUCGUUGCUCAGCAAACUAAGGAAUGCGUGGCAAAGUCCUUGAAAAGACUAGAGGAGAAGAUUUGUGGACGAGUUUUAAACCAUCUGUUAUAUAUGAUGCGGGUGGCAGAUAAGGCCACUCGAAGAAGAGUGGCUUUGGCUCUUGCUCAUCUUUGCAACCCUAGUGACAGUGAAAGCAUUUUUAUUUCUAACAAAGGAUUAGAGUUGCUUUUAGGGCUUCUUAAGUCUCUGCAGUAUAAGGAGAAACAUGAUGGUUCUUUGGCCUUGUACAAAUUGGCUACAAAAGUCACUUCACUCGCUCGCAUGGAUGCAGCUCCUCCAUCACCCUCCCCACAGGUGUAUUUGGGUGAGCAAUAUGUAAACAAUCCUACCCUUUCUGACAUCACAUUCUUAGUUGAAGGUAAACGGUUCUAUGCCCACAGAAUUUGUUUGCGUGCCUCAUCUGAUGCAUUCCGUGCCAUGUUUGACGGUGGUUACAGGGAGAGAGAUGCAAAGGACAUAGUGAUUCCAAAUAUUAGAUGGGAAGCUUUUGAAUUGAUGAUGAGAUUCAUAUACACAGGAUUGGUAGAUGUCACUUUGGAUAUAGCUCAGGAUCUCCUCAGAGCUGCUGAUCAGUAUCUUUUGGAGGGCCUCAAGCGGCUCUGCGAGCAUGCCAUUUCUCAGGACAUCUGCGUGGAAAAUCUUUCGCUCAUGUUUGAGUUAUCGGAGGCCUUCAAUGCCUUGUCGUUACAGCAAGCAUGCAUUCUAUUUCUACUGGAGCAAUUUGAGGAAUUGGUUGAGAAACCAUGGUAUCCGACAUUGGUGGACCGUGUGCUACCAGACAUUCGCACAUUUUUUACUAAUGCGCUUAAGAUGCCGAUCGAGGCAACCUCGCAGCAGCAGCAGCAGGCAAUGGCAUAGGUCAAUCGUAGUGUCGACUUUUGAGAGUAUGAAGAUGAUAGAGAGCAGAAAUGUACAGAAAGUAGUAGAGAUCGUUUUUUGUGAGUGUUGUUCUUACAGAAGUAGGUAGCUUCUGUUUAGUUUCUUGGUAUGUAAACAUGCAAUGCCGUUUGGCUUAUGGAAUACGCAGCAGAUUGCACAUUGUGAUUAGCAGUAAGUUUUUCAUCGUUUAUUUUCUA